GGAGUAGGCCGGGCAGGUGAGAAAAAUGAAUUUCUUCAUUUUCAUAAUAAUGAGUAGUACUAUUUCGAGCUUAUUUUUAUUGAGUUUUGGUGAUGAACCAACAGAAGGGUUUACAGAAAUUACAUUAAGAGAAGAAAACUUUGAACUCCAGAAACCAUAUAAUAUUCCACUUGAAAAACGCUAUAGUUUCGAAAAUGGAACUCAUCGACUGUGGGUUUAUGCGGACGACAAGCCUCAUGAUCCUAAUAGCCCCACUCAGCCUCGCACCGAAAUACGGAUUCAGGGAUUAGAUUAUUCGUCAGGUAUAUGGCAAUUUGAGGGUUGUGCAUUUGUGCCAAAUGGGACAUCAGGUGCAACAAUUCUUCAAAUUCAUGGUGCAUCACAUGGUGCAACAACAAUAAUCCUAAGAAUUUAUAAUGGGGCUAUGAGAUACUAUAGUGGGCAAAUUUUUGUUACUGAUUUAUUCGACAAGUGGUUUAAGGUUAAUUUGAUUCAUAACGUGGAUGAAGGCAAAGUUACAGUAUUUAUUGAUGGAAAACAAGUAUUUGAGACCAAAGAUCAAGGGCCUGGAGACUUGCAUUUCAAGUGUGGAGUUUAUGCCGCACCUGCCAAUAUUAGCUAUUACAUGGAAUCAAGAUGGAAAGAUAUAAAAAUAUACAAAAAAGUAUAUUAAAAUGCAAGAGGAGAUUGUAACGGAGGUAGUAAAGUAUCUUAUUUUGCUGAAUAAUCGAAAGAAAAAAGAAAGAGAGGAAAAAGAGGAAGUGGAAAAAAGGUGUUUCAGUUCAGGUCUCUUGCUUGCUGUUUGUGUUGUAUUGUGUGUUAAUGUAUCGUACUAUAUAUAUUGCUUAUAUUUUAUUGUAUUAUAUUGUGUUGUAAUGUAUUGCAUUAUAUAUUGUUUUAAAGAAUACAACGUUUGAAUAAA